AUGAUGAUCCCGACUACCCUAUUUCCACUGUCCCCGCCAAAACUGAGUAGAAGAACUCCCAAGCAAAGUUCCCGUGCAGAUAAUGAUGCAUGUCCCAAUCAGGAAAAGUUGAUCCCGCUGAGAGGCAAUCAGGGCGAUGCUACCUAUGUAGAUUGCAAUCAAGCCAAUCUGGAAGUAACAAUGAAGCCAAAACCAAGCCCAAUGAAAGCCCACAAGAAGACAAUGUUGGAAAGAGCCCUUGCAACUACCAUUAGUCCCAGAGAUAUUUCUACAGCCAAACAAUCUUUGAACACUGACAACACCAAAUACCAAGACUUUGACUCCUUUCCACCUGAAAUCAAAAGUAUGCGCAGGAACAUUCACCAGUGCUCCUGUCACCAUCGAACAGCCACUGAAUUGGCGGCAGGCCGGCUAUGUUUGUGCUGCAGAUGUGGCUCGAAGGCCUGCAAACUGGAGUUAAAACUGGAUGCGAUGGGCAAGAUUCCAGCUGGCUUCGGAUGUCAUUCAACGGCUGAAGAGGCAGUGACCAAGAUACUGGCAUACCACGAGCACAGAGGUGACCCACUACCAGACAAUUGGGAUGUCUUAUAUGACUCUGAUGGGAACUCAGUGGGAUCCUUCAAACAAACUGAAGCCAGUGAUGCCGAUGUUGAUUUUGAUGUUGAUGUUGAAACAUAUCAGAGAACAAUGACAUUACUGGAAGCUGAGUCUCCAACAUGUGACAAUGGAAGUCAUGAGGCAAAAGAGAGUGACUGGUUCGGACAACAGCCAAACUUAUUACUUAAUAUAGAUAGUCGAUCUUCUUCACAACUUUGUGUUGGAACUGACUCCAGUGUGACUGAUACCACAAAGCAAGAGGGCACGAACUCUUCCAUGGAUGAACUUGGGUCGAGGAUUCCUGUGGCAACAAUGGCAACUGGAGGUGGUCAAACAACCACUGGCAAGAGAUCGGCCAAUGAUGCUGUUGAGGAUCGACCAGUAAUGGAACAAGACAAUGAGGGUCAACACUCAGAACAAGGCGGAUCUGGAAAGAAUGAUGGCAACCAUAAUGGCGGAGGCAAUGAUGAACAAGGAAAUGGUUCAGAGGGUGGCCAGUCAGCACUUGCUGGCACCUCAGCUGUGCAGUCCUUCCCUGGAAAAGGAGCAUGCAUCACGGGAAUUCAAAAUAUGACCGAUCCAAUUAAGUAUGGACCACUCAGAGAACUUCUCAAACUCUGCAGUGAUGGAAAUUGUCUUUUCUUCUACACUCAUGACAAGCGAGGCGACACUACUGGCAAACCUUUACCAUACUCACAGAUUGAGCAGAUGGAUGAUACAGCCCUCGGACAGGCAUUCAAUGUGUGCAAGCCAAAAUGGGGGCAAGAGUCCAAGCACAAGUGCAGAUUUGGGGCAUCAUUCUACUUCUACAGUCAGAAACACCUCAAUGUGAGAGCUCUCAAACAAAUUCCGGGAGUGAUUCCUUUCCUCAAACUUCACAACUGGCAAUUGAAGGCACACUCCCUUCUUCAGUCCCAGACUAUCACACCUCUAUUUAUUCAGGGCAAACACCCCCACAAAACCAACACAGAGGCAGUGGCACAGCAGCUCAUGACCUACUUCUAA